UUCACGCUUUCCGUGAACAAGUUUGCAGCAACAAGUCUCGACCAUGUCUGUCAAGUCAGUACGCCUUUCUCUUCUCUCUCCUCCUUUCCGCUCUCUCUGUCAUCAUCGUCAUCAUCAUCGUCAUCAUCAUCGUCGUCGUCGUUGUUACUGCUGCCCUUUCUGCGCGGUGUUGCUGCUGCCUGCCCCUCUUCCCCCACGGCUUUCCCUGCACCAGCCUAGGACAGCGUACACCUGGGGCACAAGAACACACCCUAGCACUGUAGCACUGCGCCAUGGGCUUUAGGUCCGAGAAAAUGACCAGCAAGACAAAGUCUAACCGCAAGUCUAGCUGGGUGAUGCUCGCUGAGAAUGGCGGCUACACACCUCUCCCCGGCGAGCAGACGCUGUACCAGUCUCCUCCUCGAACUACGCUCUCAUUGCAGACCAGCCACCGACACCCUCCGAGCGAGUCUUACUCGCAACAAUGCAAGUCGGGCGUCGUCUUCCUUACCAACCGACGAAUGAUCUAUCUGCCCGUGAACCCAACACCACAGUUGCAGUCUUUCGCCGUUCCCAUUCUCAAUGUAACCGACUCGCGCGUAACAGCACCAUGGUUCGGCGCAAACAAAUGGGAAGCCAUCAUCCAGCCUGUCCAAGGCGGCGGCAUACCUCCACAGCAUUCUGAGCUCGACCUCGUCCUGGAAUUCAAAGAGGGCGGUGCAUUCGAUUUCGCAAGCAUAUUCGAGCGACUGAAAGAGCGGUUACGGCAGGCUAUCGAGAUAGCGCGGGAGAGCGGUGGCGAUGUGCAGGAUGGGACCAGAGGUGUUGGUGGUGUGAAUAUGAACAACGUGCAUCUCGACGAUCUACCGGCCUACGAAGAGAGCCGACAGCACGCUAGAGUACCCGACCCGUUACCUAGCCCACCAAUGGAUAAUGCUGCAGUCGGAAGUAUGAGUGGUGUUGGCGGUUCCGUCGUUGCGGCGCCCGAACCCUCAAGCCCACCAGCAUCGAGCUCGUUGUCGAGCCCACGGACGCAGCAAGAGCACUUUGAACCACCAUCGGAUCCACCGCCAGGUUACGAGGAGGUGCAGAGGAGUAGUGUUGUAGAUGAGCUGGAGAGACAGGUCAGGGACAAUCCGUGGCAGGAUGCGGAUAGUAAGCGAUGAAGUCGGGUGCUCUUUAGUGUGCCAAGAAAUUGUUGUGUUUGAGCAGGGCGUUCCGGGGUGAGAGCAGCUUCAAAUGGCUGCAACGAAAUAUCACGAACUUACAUGUAUCACUUUACUUGGCUUGAAUUAGAUUCGAGAAUGGCAGGCAUAGUUAGGCCUGGCAGUUGGCUUGAAAUCUGACAAUAUGUCUUUUCUUGGGGGCUGCGCUGAAAGGUGGUGUUUCUAACCAUAAAUCUCAUCUGCAUCAGCAACAUCACAUUAAACAUCCGAGAACGUUACAAAUCCGAGCACAUGGCAAGC